AUGUCGGUCACUGCCACCCCUCCCCACCAUUAUUCCCAACGUCCCACAGCGUCCUACAUCAACUUUUCCUCCAUCGACAACUAUCCCACUUUUCAGCUUCCGGUAGAUGGAGAUACCACAGGAGGUGCGAAUGCUAUUCAGAACUUCUCAGAUGGAUCCCCCCAAGCUCUGCAUUAUCUUGAUCACGAGUACCGCUCUCUCUUUGAUUCCGGGGAGGCAUCGACCUCUGCAUCCAUGCCAACUCUACAACACGCCACCGGCAUGACACACCCCGAUUAUCUGGCAAGACCGUUCAGCGAUCUAUAUCCCGAGGAAAUACCCCCAUAUCAGCAUCUUUGGUUUCCUCCUUCAACCCACGAUCAACCACUAGAGCCUCCGUCGUCUCUGCUCAAUUCUGAUCCUCAUUCUACCCGUUUUCCUCAUAAAAAGUCCAUCUCGCCCUCUCGGGCCUCAACCAGCACCAGAUUACCGACUCUUUCAGAGAUGGCUGUCACCCUGAAUCCAAGUGCUGAAAGGCCGCCACCGCCUCCUAGUAUGAUUUGCGUCAACGAGCCCAAUAGCGUUGGCGUUGCCCCCCUAGGAGCUGAGUGUACGUUAACCAGAGAGCGUAGACACGCUUGCUCUAUGUGCCACAAAAGGUUCGAUCGCCCCAGUACGCUCAGAAAGCAUCUCCUCGUUCACACCGGUGAGAAAGCCUUUCAAUGCGAAGCUUGCGGUCGUCGAUUUGGAGUGGCGUCCAAUCUGAAUCGUCACAUUCGUCGUUGUCUCCUCAAACCCGUGAACGUGGUACAGGAUACCACCCCAUCUUCAACAGACGGCGAAGACAGAAGCCGCCGUAGUAGUACCACAUCUCCAGUCGCCGAAUCUCUUGAUCCCACCAUCACCACCACCGCCACUCGGGCCACCUCAAAAAGCCUGAACCAGAAACGGCGUAGACGAGCUCCGUCCCCGGCUCGUUGGAUACCCGCAUCUCUUCUCAACUUUAACCUUGAACCACCGCAAAAAACAGCUUCCGUGCCACUUCCACCUGUCAGACCUUCCGAAUGGGAUAACGAAGAACGUGAUUCCUUUGAUGAGAACGUCGGUGCUGCUCCGUAUCAUCCUCGAGAGUGGCAAUACAAACCUUUUUUGCCGGGUCCUGGUAUCGCAUCAGGUUUUGGUUCUGGGAGAAGGUCAGGUGGACGAGGACAGAUGUUUGGGAGUUUGCUUGUCUUUUGAAAGACACGGAAAGAAACAAAGAAACGGAGGAGGGUUCCAGAAGGACAAGUAGUUUUGUUAAUCAGUUAUUGUUACCCAUUGGCUUUCUUGAAGGGAGAAACACUUGUCCUCGUUGAUGUUGAUAUAGCUUAGUCGUAUUUUGCAUGUUACACCCAUAUAUCUUGCUGGGGUCGAACG